GCUGGAAUGAGACACACCCGGUCCCCAAUCAGCUUGAUGGGGCGCGCGAGGGAUAAAGGCGGCCAGGGACGACAGUUCGAGAGACAGAGAAUGACAGACAGCUGUACUGUGUGUUUAUAGUUGUGUGUUUUGUUUAAGUUGUUUAUUAAAUUAUUAUUUAAGUUGUCAAGCCGGUUCUCGCCUCCUCCUUUCCACCGAACCCCCUUACACUGGUGCCAAAACCCAGGAUUGAAGUUUGGGUUGAAAAUGGAUGGAAGUCGUCCCGUAGAGUCCUCCCAGUUGGCGGAGAUCCUCCAAGCCCUCGCCAGCCUACAUCAGAGCCACCAACAGACACUGCUUGAGCUCCGACAAGACCAAGAUCGCCGGUUUGUCGAGCUCCUGCAUGCUCAAGCCAAGGACCGGCGAUCUGGAGCCUCCUCAGCCAGGAGGCGUCCUCAGCCGCGACCCCAGACGCUCCCACACCAUUACCCCCGCCAGCUUUACAGAAAAUGGGGGCAGCGGACGACCCCGAGGCCUUCCUGGAUUUGUUUGAGCGGACCGCCGAGAUCUGGGGUUGGCCGCUCGGCCAAUGGGCGGCCCGACUGAUCCCACUAUUGUCCGGGGAAGCCCAGCUCGCGGCUCAACAACUACCAGCGACAAUCCUCCUGGCCUACGGAGAUUUAAAGAGAGCCAUCUUGCAACGGGUUGGUCGCACUCCGGAGGAAAGUCGUCAACUCUUCCGGAGCUUGAAGUUUGAGAGAUCCGACCACCCGUUUGCCUUCGCCCAGCGGCUCCGUGACACCUGCCGAAGAUGGCUGCUAGCGGGGGACCGUGACGUCGAUGGAGUUAUCAACCAGGUGGUACUGGAGCAAUUCACACAUCGACUGCCAAAAGGGACGGCGGAGUGGGUCCAGUGCCACCGCCCGGCGUCAUUGGAGGAAGCUGUCCAGUUUGCGGAGGACCACAUGGCGACGAUCCCAAGAGCCCUCCUACAUUUUUUCUCCUCCCUCUGUUUCUUCCCCCUCCCCUCUCUCCUCCCGUUCUGCUCUCUCUCCAGGUCCCGUUCCUGCCCCACGCAGACGAGGAGGACUUCAGCCCCUGAGAUCAGUUCCCCGGGUGUGGGAGGCGACACUUACCCCUAUCCCAAUGCCCCGCUGCUCUCCCCCUCGGGGGGGGGGGGGGGGGGCGCCCACCGACGCAAGUGUGGGCGUAGCGCCUGGGCCGGCCUGUUGGAGGUGCGGAGACCCGAGUCACUUCCGAGAUCAGUGCCUUCUGAUGGAGCUGGGGACGGUGGUGCGGGUCUCUGACCUCCCACAGGCUGCCCCCGACCGGGCCGGAGCGUACCGGAUACCGUCUUUUGAGCGCUUUCCUGGGCUGAACAGUUCUGAGCACCAUGAGAAGUAAUGCUUUCUGUAAAAUUUCAACUUGAGCAUGAAUUUACAAACUGUUCCCAGCCUGGAAUUCUCAGCACGGUUGGCUAACCGCACUCAAGACAGAGGAGCGUUUUGGUGGAACAGCUUUACUCUGGUCAGGGUAAAUUGUUUCAAAGAAAUGCUGUCGAAAAUAAGAAGAGCUGUCGAAAUAUAGGAUAUACUGGAUUAUGACACUAUGUGGCAAAACCCUCAACUCAACUCUGCUUCCUUUCUCUCCAGGAAGAAACCACUCUCCAUGUGAUAUGGGAGCACACUCUA